CAUCACAUGACUGGAACAUUCCGCCUCAUGACACAGAGAAUCUGCUGAAGAAACGCCACCACCAUCAUCAUCAUAAUUAAGUGUGUUUAUUGCAGACAGACUCGGCUCUGAGCAGCUCACAGUGAAGGCUUCAGUACGCGGGACUUUCUGACGGACACAGAGAGAGAAUGGCGCGAGCUGCAGGUGUUUGCUGGACUCUGCUGAUGGGCUGUGUGUUUGCAGCUCAUGCUGUGACGUUCGAGGUGACUGAGGGAAACUCCACCUGCAUUAAAGGAGAGCUCAACGCCAGCUUCAGCAUCUCCUACAACACUACCAACGGAACGAGGGUGUCUGUGUUCGCGCUGCCGGCGUCUGCAUCGGUGUCGGACCGGAGCUCGUGCGGAUCCGCUGCUGUUCCUCCAGAGCUGGCGCUGGUGUUUGGAGACACACACGCACACACACUCUCUCUGCUGUUCUCCAGAGACCAGCGGCUCUACAGGGUCUCCAACAUCAGCCUGCAGUACAACCUGAGUGAUGGAGACACCUUCCCACAAUCCUCCAGCACAGGUGUGCAGUCAGUGAUAGCGAGUGUGUGGGAGCUGAUGUCGGCCAGGUUGAACAGCACGUACAGGUGUGUGAGCUCCAGCUCCAUCAGUCUGAGCGCAGCAGUCAAUCUCACACUCGCUGACGUGCGCAUGGAGGCCUACAUGAGCAGUGCGAACAUCAGCGCAGACGAGAGUGUGUGCAGUGCAGAUCAGCCGUCUACAACUGUAGCUCCGCCCCCCAGCACCACCACUGCCCCGCCCCCGGUCCCCCCGGUGCCGGAGCGAGGAAACUACAGCGUUACCGACGGCAACGGCACUGUGUGUGUGCUGGCGCUCAUGGGUCUGCAGCUCAACAUCACACACUUCUCCACAACUCGAAACCAGAGCGUCUCUGAGCUCAUGAACCUGCAGCCCAAUCAGACCACAGCCUCGGGGUCAUGUGGGGUCACAGACUCCAGCCUCAGCCUAUCAGACGAGAGGACCAACCUGACCUUCAGCUUCACCCUGAACUCCACAACACAGAAGUAUUAUCUGAGCGCUGUGAGUGUGUCUGCGCUCUGGCCUGACAUGAGCGGUGUGUUUGUGACAGUGAACCGCUCUCUGUCUGCGCUGCAGUGCAGUGUGGGUCGCUCAUACGUGUGCAGCGCUCAGCAGACGCUCUCAGUGACGCCGCUCUUCUCCAUCAACACCUUCAGACUGCAGCUGCAGCCCUUCAACAUCACCGCCAACCGCUUCUCUACAGCGGAGGAGUGUCGUGUGGAUCAGGAGAACAUGCUGAUCCCCAUCAUCGUGGGUGCGGCGCUGGCGGGGCUGGUGCUGAUCGUCCUGGUGGCGUAUCUGAUCGGCAGGAAGAGAACACACGCCGGAUACCAGACCAUCUGAACACCUGCAGCUGCAUCUGUCUGAUUGGCUGAUGCAGACCCACUGCAGCUACACGCUGGACAGAGAGAGAGAGAGAGAGAGAGUGUGUGUGUGUGUGUGUGUGUGUGUGGAUUCAUUCUGUGAUGUGUGUGUGAUCAGGUCAUAGAUAAGGAUAUGUGUAAGAGAGCGUGUUUACUCGAGAGAGUGUGUGUGUGUGUUAUUGUGGCACUUCUCAUGUGGUUUUAUUAAUGUGUGUGUGUGUGUGUGUGUGUGUGUGUGUGUAAUAAUGACAGUUAGAGGUCAAAGGUCAUGAGCUCAACACAAACUAAUGGACGUGAACAGGACUAAUGAGUUGAGUCUGGCGGACCCUCGUCUGUAGAUCAGCAUCAGUCUGACAGACCCUCACACACUCCUCACUGCAGGCUUCAGUUAGUCUUUGUAGUCAUUUUAACUCGGCUUCUGUCAUUUUAUCACAUCACCAGAUUUACAUAAGUGUGUGUGUGUGCGUGCGUGUGUGUGUGUGUGUGUGUGUGUGUGUGUGUGCGUGUGUGUGCGUGCGUGUGUGUGCGUGUGUGUGCGUGUGUGUGUGUGUGUGUGUGUGUGUGUUUAAUUCUCUGCUAAGGGUUUUUAAGUUAGGGGACUGAUCUAUCAUUAGCCCAGCGUGAACACAUUACACCCGUGGAAAGGUAUCAUAAUGAGUGUGUGUGUGUGUGUGUGUGUGUGUGUUGCUCUGGCAUUAUAUGACACACCUGAUCUGAAUAAUUGAUUAAUGUUCCAGUUGUUUUUGUAUCAUGAAACCUGAAUAGAGCUGCUGCUGAAUUACCCAUGAGUCCACACACACACACACACACACACACACACACACACACACACACACACACACACUGCUGUUGAGUGAAAAGGGAAACGGUGACGUGGUGUUCGUGAUGCUGGAGUGAAUGUUUGAUUCUGAUCAGUCUGCAUCUGUAAACUGUGUGCUUUUCUGCCACGUUUGUAAGAAGCUCUUCACUGUUUUAGCACCUUUACAGUGUUCUUCAUCAUCAUCAUCAUCAUCAUCAUCAUCAGGACAGGAUGAAGGCUUAUUAGCAGCAUUAAUUCAGCUUAAUUCAACAUUAUUAGUACAGCACUUGUCCAUCUCAUAUGUGUAAUGAAUGCUGGAAGACUGAUGAUGAUGAUGAUGAUGAUGAAGCUCACUGCUCUGGGCUCAUGGGUUUGCAGUUGGUUUGGUCACAUGACAUGUCUGAGUGUGUUUAUCUCUGCUCUAUUUUUGUUGUGAUUGUUUAUUUUUCUGCAUCAGGGUUUGAGGUUAAUAAAUGAAUAAUGACUUCCA